UUUUAAGGAGGAGGAGUGCAGUGGCGAGAUAAUAAAGGGAGGAGCGUAGUUUUUUGCGCUAAUAACCGCACCUCACGCAGUCAAACAUUACUCAGUGGCUACUCACUGUCGGUGAAGUUGUAUUUAUAUUAUUAAAGGCUAAAUGAUGCGCACUCCGGUUAAAUCACAGCAACCGCAGUAUGGCUCUGCCCCAGACCUGCAACAAAAUACGGACUCAACGAGCCCUAAUGAAUAUAAUAACAUAUUAAGAUCAAACAAAAGACGUCGUUGUGAUUGUGAGGCUGAGUGUGAAUCGAAACUUGACUCAUUUAUCAAUACUCUGACCGCUUGGAGGCAGGAUACUGAUGAAAAGCUCUCUAAUAUACAGUCUUGCAUGUAUGAAAUUAAAAAACAAAAUGGAGAAUUGCUCGCCUCGAACGCGGAAAUUGAAAGGUCUAUUGAUUUUUUAUCACAAAAAUACGAUGAUCUGAAUAUAAAAUUAAAUGAUUAUCAAACUAAAUCAAAGGAGUUUGACGAGCGUCUGUCAAAAAUUGAAUACAAUUUAGAUGAUAUUGACAGAACCACUCGUUUAAGUACCCUGGAAAUCAGAAACUUAUCAUUAAAACAACGAAUGACCCAGGAGGAACUCAUUGACAUAACAUCCCGUGUGUUUAAAGAACUUUCUGUGGAGAUAGUGCACUCGGACUUAUAUGAUAUUCGGGUACUACCUUCUAAAUCGGAAAAUAAAACCAUAUUAGUUACUCUUAAUUCGAUAAUCACGAAAAAUUACAUUUUAAAAGCUUACAAGGAGUAUAAUCGUCAGUCAAACAGUAAACUAAAUACAACAAUACUGAUGGAGGAUCCGCCCCGGAAAAUCUACAUUGCCGAACAUUUGACAUCUCGAACACGCAAACUUUUUCAUGCAGCUAGAGAAUUUGCUAAGGCAGAAAGUUUCAAGCACUGUUGGACAGCUUACGGGAGGGUUCUCUGGAGAAAAGAAGACAACGCCAAGCUUAUUGUUGUUUCAUCCGAAUUACAACUUCUGGAGAUCAAGUCAAAAAACUAAAUUAUAUUUCAACGCAUUUAAUUAGUGCAUUGUUAUCUCUAAUAACGUUUUUUUCUUAUUUUUUUUCUUUAUUAUACUUGUACUUAUAUUUAUAUUAAAAUGAAUUAUACUACAAAAUACCACAAUAUCUACAUUAUGUAUCUAAAUAACAGAAAUAAUAUGGAAUAUAAUAUAGUAAAUCUGUACCUUGUACCCUGUUACCCGUUAUACCAAAUGUUUUGCAUGCUUCCAUUUGUAUUUUUGACGUGACAACGUCUUAAAUUAGGUUGCGGCUGGGAGUCACUUAUGAAAAAGUGUAACGCUCGGUAACGUUACGAUGAGUCUCUCGUGUUAAGUUUAAGUUUACAUGUACAAUGUUUUAGUAAACAAAAUAUAUUUCUAUAGUUAAAAUUUGUGCAAUUCUUAUUUUCAUUCAAUUCCUUGUUCCUAUUGUGCAAUUUAAUUAUAUUCAUAUCAAUAAAUAUUCUACCGAGAAAAAGACGUUGUCACGUAAAAUCUUCGCCCGUAAAACCGACUUUACAGGCAACCAUUUUUUUUAAUGCAUAAAUUCAUGCAUAAUUCAUGCUAUGGAUCAAAAAACAAAUUCUACUUUAUACUCACUUUGCCUUGUCAUGCUUUUUCUGUCCACAAUGACGUAAUGACUGUUUUUCUAACACAGUUCUACCUUUAUGUAAUAAAAAUAUUGUGUGAAAUAGGACAUUAUUUAUGCGCCCUGCUAUGUCUCCUUGAUGUACUAGUGACCUUUUACAUUAAAAUUCAACUGUGAUACAGACCUUAUUAAUAAAAUUGAUAGCGUAUCUGUUAGCUCCUCGCAUGAUUGUGAUCCUCAUGAAGUACACUCGAUUAUGUCAAAAAAUUGUAACUCGAUCAAGAUACUGACACAAAAUGUACGAAGC